CAAUUUGCAACACGGUUAUGAUGCCUGCGAUUGUCCCAAAGAGAUCGUGAACUUUAACGACCUUAGCAGCACCAGAGACAAGUCUUGCGACGAGAUGGUGGGCAAGAAAUCUGGCAAGGCGCUUCUGCGCGAAGAGGGCCUUGCGCGUACCGACAAUGGCAUGAAGCAGUCCAGCUGGCCGGAGGUGCAGAUGAUCAAUCAGAAGAAUUACUACACUGAUUACAUGAAGAGGGACGAGCAGGUCCUUUCGUUUCGCCUUCGAGAUGACGAUAACCGCGAGAAGAUGAUCAAGAGCGCGAAGGACAAGGACCGAGCAUUGGCGAGAACCGGCAACACGGACGUUCCUCAGUCUACAAUGGGUGAUGGCGACGUGGAGGAUGAGGAUGCAGGCGCAACUGACGGUCUCGACCCUUCCAAGAUAAUCGUCAUUCACCCAGGAAGUCAAAAUCUGCGGAUUGGCUUUGCCAGUGAUGCUCUCCCUAAGACUAUCCCGAUGGCAAUUGCUUGCAAAUGGCUUCUGACCGAAUCCGAGGAAUACGAUGCACGUCCGAAGCGCCAAAAGUUAAACACAACACCCGACCAGCAGUUUGGAGAAGAGUUCACGAAGAAGGUUACGAAGAUGUCCAGUGAACUUAAGAUGGACAUGCGAGCAAACAAGCGCAAAGUCCUCCCAAACGCAAAGGAGUUGGUGGUAAACUACAAUCGGCGAACAGAGCCUGAGAAGAUCCUGGAACACAAUGAUCCAAUGCGAAUUGAAUGGACCGACGUCUCGAAGGAUGAUCCCAAGGACCCAUCGUCUUAUUUCUGUGGAAUGCAGGCUCUCCGUAUCCCCGAUGACUCGAAGCCAAAAUAUAGGUUGUUCUGGCCUCUACAGUCUGGCGUAUUCAAUGAGGACGAGAAGGACUACCUCUCUCGCGAUCAUCUCUUCGGCGACCUCGAGUCUGUCAUUGAAUCCGCUUUGAGGAAUGAACUUGGUCUGAAGCGCUCCAGCCAGUGGGAGGAAUACAGUUGCGUCUGGGUCAUUCCUGACCUGUAUGACAAGCGCUACGUGGAACAAGUUCUGGAUAUGUGCUUGAAGGACUUCGAAUUUAAGCAAGUUUCCUUCAUGCAAGAGAGUUUGACGGCUACAUAUGGUGCUGGCUAUAGCAGUGCUUGCAUUGUUGACAUUGGUGCUCAGAAGACAUCGAUGUGCUGUGUUGAGGAUGGUAUGUGCAUCGAGGACUCCCGCAUCAACCUCAAGUACGGCGGCUACGAUGUCACAGAGACCUUUAUCAAGAUGAUGCUAGCCGACCAUUUCCCGUAUCAAGAUAUCAAUCUAAAGCGCCGCUACGACUUCCUUCUGGCUGAGGAGCUGAAGGUGAACUUCUGCACCAUGAAUCAAGCUGAAAUCUCAGUCCAGCUCUACAAUUUCCACCUCCGGGCCCCCAACCAACCUACACGGAAGUAUCAAUUCAAAUGCUACGACGAAGUCAUCAUGGCUCUAAUGGGCUUCUUCGACCCUUCUCUGUUUGACAACAGCGAGAAGCUUGCUGAUCGCCGCAGAUUGGUGGACCGCUCAUACAACACAUACGACGUCAACAUGCCAGACGAUCCCACCUCAUCAGCCCAACUGGAGAUUUUGACCGCCAUCAAGCCUUCACUCGCCACUACUGCCAUUGGAUUUUCAAACGGCAAUGGCGUUGCAGAUAUUGGCACACCGUCAAAGGAGAAGCUUAAUCCACUCAACUUCCUCUCCCGUAUGGAUAGCGAGGCGAACGGUGCAUCGCGUGUCACUUCUGCAGCUGGUUCUCCUGCUCCUGAAGGUGCCAACACCCCAAAUCCGUCAGGACCGUUCGUUCAGGGCGCGAAUGGCACGAAUGGAGGCUCACCCGGACCAAGCGGCGGCAUAUUUCAGUUUGGGGGAGGAUCUCACAACAGCGGCACGCCUAUCCCGGCAGGAAUGUUUGUCGAUCAACACGCCCGAACUGCAAAGGACUUUGCUAUCGAGCGCGAUUCGGUUCUCCCCAUUGCUCCAUUGGAUACCGCCAUCAUCACCUGUAUCACUCACGCUGCCAAGAAUGACGACAAGAAAGUUCGAGACUUCCUCGGUGGAAUCAUGGUGAUUGGGGGAGGUGCUAAGACUCCCGGACUCGGACCAUAUCUCGAGGAGAAGCUGAAGGCUAGAAGACCAGAUCUGGCGGACAAGAUCUUGGUUGGUACGAGCCCCAGAGAGAUGGAUGGCCAAGUCGUGGUCUGGAAGGGUGCGAGUGUCUAUGGACGAAUGAGAACUCAUGAGUCUUGGAUUGGACAGAAGGAAUAUGAGAUGUUGAGAAGCCGGGCCUUGUACCACAAGCUCAUUUGGCACUACUAAGCCGAAUUUCAAAUCUCAUUGAUACAGGGCAUAAGUGUUGGCGUUCAGGGGUUCAUUUCUCAAUAUCGACGGCGUACAGGUCGAUGAGAUUUAAAGGACUGGCGUUUAGCGGCAUAUUGAAUGGCUGGGUGGAUAUGUGUAUGACUAGAAUCGCAAAAAAGCGCGGCAAAAAGUGACAAAGAUCGUCACCACCAUUUGACAUAGAGGAAUGGGAUAAAGAAUCAAAAGGAGCCGGUCCGGCAUGCAUUGUGAAGUUGAAGUUCCUCCCACAUCUGUUCGG